UAUUAUAAGGGUAAACAAAAUCUUGAUCUUGAUUUUCCGGUCUAUUUUUGGCAAACGUCAUUUACAUUAUCUUCUGCCUAACGCAGUGCAGCUCGAAAUUUCAUCCCAUAACGUUCUGUGUAGAAUACGUAAAAAUGAAUCCUCAAGGGGAUUCUUGUGAUGUCCAUUACAUAUCUGAAAAAGAUAUAAAACUUGUCCUAAGCGAGGACGGUUUUGGGGAUAGUGUUAUAGAAAAUUACUCAGUGCAUUAUGUUGGAGAUGAAAUGGUCGGAUUUGGAGCAGACUACUUGAAGUUGAGGGUAUCUGUGACAUCAAACAAUAAGAGAAAGCAGCUGUACUUUUUCAUCAAGGCCGUUUCUUUAACUAAUACAGCGAAAGCGAAUAUGGAUAAGGAGAUGGGGACCUUUGACAAUGAACGGUUGUUUCACGAUGUUAUUCAAAGGAAUAUUACAGUACCAGGUAUGCAACCAUGGAGCGCCAAAUUUGUAUCAUGCCUCGAAAACGCAGUGGUCUUCGAAGAUUUGUCCGCACAACAAUACGAGAUGACAAGCCGAUUUGCUAAAUUUGACGAGCAGCACACUCAGCAAGCUCUCCAAGCUCUCGCUAGGUUCCACGCCAGUUCCAUCAUCUUCGAGCAGACCAGGACUAAAGAAUUACAGCGCCCUUAUAAACUUGAAGAACAUUAUAACGAAAAACUAGGGACAGGAGGCUUCAUCGAAACAGAUUCCUGGUUUGUCCAGUGCAGGAGAGGAGCUUUAGACGCCGUUGAGGCAUUCUCAAAAUAUAGACACACGGAUGCCAUGAAAACCAUUGAGAACCGGUGGGACACCGUGUUUAACUCCGUAUUGAUUUUAGCCGAGCCGUCGAAAAAGCAUCGUAACGUGUUAUGUCACAGAGAUUUGUGGAAUAAUAACAUGCUGUUUCAUUAUAAGAGGCUAGAAGAUGAAUGUGUGGUGCCUGACAAUUGUGUGUUCGUGGACUUUGCCGCUGUGCGCUGCAUGCCUCCAGCGGGCGACGUUAUGCAACUUCUUCAUUGCAACUUGACACCUCGUUAUCGAAAGGAAAACCUCGACACCUUUUUGACCUAUUACUACGAGGAACUUAAAGUAGUACUCGGGAAUCAUAACAUCGAUAUUGAAGAUUUUUUAACUAAGGAUAAUUUUAUGAGUUCAGCAGAAGAACAGAAUCUUUGGGGGCUUGUGACGCAUGCCUGCUUGAUGCAAACGUUCUGGCUCGACGAUGAUAUGAUGACAAACAUAUCCAAGGAUUCUGCGCUCUUCGAUGAGAUAAUGUUGAAUGACAAAACUACUUUUAUGAAGAACAUGAUGGAAAAUGAUGACGCUUACAAGAAAGUUGUAUUGGAAGUGCUUGACGAGUUUAUUGAACAAUACAUUUUAAAUUAUGAUAAUUAGACAUUAACCUUAGAUAUUGGUAGCUUAUCUUAUAACUGUACUUGUUUAUUAUAUCUACAUAUUACGCUGUUACUUUUAUAAGUAAAAUAUUUUUAGUUUUUUCUGUCUAUU